AUGCUCGCAGAAUUGAAGAGGCUUUUGGAAGUCUGGGAGGCGAGCGUACCGGAGAGCUUUCGGCCAUGGAGUGAGUUUCAACCCCAGAACGACACUUUCCCUACUAUCAACUAUGUAAGUCCAUGGCAUGCGGUCGCAUGGCAGUAUUAUUAUGCCGCCAAAGUUCUUGUCGAACUAUAUCAGAAACCUGAAGACAUGAGUAUCAUUGAAAUUACGCGAUAUAUGGAGUCCUAUCGCAGUGUCGCCGCCUAUGCGCUAUCACAUUCUCAAGUCAACACGCAGGAGUAUCAAUCAACGGAACCCAUCUAG